AUGAGGUUCUUUUUGCUGCUUAUGGAUGGGGAGAAGCCCCUUCUCCAGCAGCAGCAGCAGCAGCAGCAACAACAACAGAAGCAGCAGCAGCAGCAGCAGCAACAGAAACGGCAACAGAAGCAUCAGAAACUGCACCAGAAGCAGCAACAGCAGCAGCAGCAGCAACAAAAAGAAAAAAAGAAACAGAUAAAGGAAUUAUAG